AUUAGAAAAGAAACGAAGAUAAAACAAAAUUACUUUGAUUUAUUCAAAGAUCUAUGAUUCAGAAGCCGAACGUUCAUUAUCUCAUAUUAUUAUUACAAAAGUUAUGAUUAUUUUCAUUUUUUAUUUAUUUAUAGCAUAUAUCUCAAAGUGUUAAAGAUUCAAAGAAAGAUUAACCUUGCUUGGUGUCAUGGGACAAGUCUUAGACAAGUUACAAGGUAAGGAUUGGAGGAAAAGGCAAAUAAGGAAGAUAACAGAUCGAGUUUUUGACCAAUUAAAGAAUCAAGUGCGAACAGUUAAUUUGACUUUUGAAGAUCUGUAUAUUGCUGUUUUACUUGUGUACAAUGAUAUCAAUAAGCUUAUUCCUGGUCCCCAUUUCGAUCCUCCAUCAAAAGACAAAGUCAAGGAAAUCAUGAAGAACUGUGAUAUCAACUUUGAUGGGGAAAUUGAUCGUGAAGAAUUCUAUGGUUUCAUCCAACAAAUGACAGCUGAUACAUUCACUGUUGUUAGUCAAAAACUUAUUGUCACUUUGGUUGUUGCACCAACAGUUGCAGUGGCAACAAAGAGAGCCACUGAAGGUGUUCCAGGUGUUGGAAAGGUGGUGCAAAGGUUACCUAAUUCAGUUUAUGCUUCCCUUGUCACACUUGCAGCUGUGUGGUUCCAAAAUAUGGGACAGGAUUCUCAGUUUUAGUUAUCUGCUCAUCAUGUCUUAUAAGCAGAAUGAUAGAAAUUCUCUUGAUUGUAAACAUAGGAUUGCCACUGUGUGCAUGUUAGUUAUAAAAUUGUAGUUGAUAAAAACAAUGGUUGUGGUUUGCAUUUUGGGCAAAAGAUCAAUUCUGGAUUUUUCUGUCAGGUUAUGCAUGUAAAAAAUUGUCUUCAAUAAAAUUAUAUACAAUUAUUAUCUAAAAUU